CAGAGGGGCAGAGGGGACCGUGGAUGGGGGAGGGCGCUGCCGGGGAAGUCACUCCCAUCCCAGCAGCAGUCAGCCCGUCUGUCCGGACUGGAGGAGGCGCACGGACGCAGCCAUUCAUUCCGCGGUGGUUCUGGAGGACGCGUGGCGGAGGAUGAAGACCCCCCGAGAGUGAAGCCCCCGUCAAAGCCCAGAGGAGGGUCCGCAUCGCCCGCUGGUUCGCUCGGAGGAUCGAUCCCCUGAAGACCCGGCGGUCCGCAGAAAGACAGACGGCGGCGGUGACGCGUUGUGCAGCGCCGAGCCAGGAGUCUGACUUCAUCUGGAGAAGCUUUGUCUGAGUCCAGAUCGGCGUUACACUCAGAAGGUGUGUCUGAUGUUACGCCAGCGGGCUGGCUCCCCGACGACCACCUGAAUACGAUGUAGACACUGAAAACCCGGCAGCCUGAAGACCGCGCUGACAGACGGAAGGGCGAGCUCGAUGAGGAGCGACCAGAGCUGAAGAUAAGAAGUCAAAGCCGUCUGUGAAUCAUUGACUGGAACGGAAGGUUCAGCUUGUUCUUCGCUCGCGCUGGUGGAGAAGGAUCCCGGCCGAAGUCUCUCGCCGUUCCCCCGUGAGUCGCUCUAGCCCCCACAGAAGCGCUGCCAGCAUGUGCCAUGUCAUUGUCACCUGUCGCUCCAUGCUGUGGACUCUGCUGAGCAUCGUGGCCGCCUUCGGCGAGCUCAUCGCCUUCAUGAGCACGGACUGGCUGGUGGGGUAUCCCCGCACGCCCGACGCCGUUUUCGGCCCCCAUGGGGCCACCGCCGCAGGAGAGGCCUACAGGCCCACUUUGGGCAUCUACGGCCGCUGUAUAAAACUGCCCCACAUGCAGCGGGGGAUUCUGUGCGGACCGUACGCCGUUCACUUUGGGGAGAUCGCCAGCGGGUUCUGGCAGGCCACGUCCAUCUUCCUGGCGGCGGGGAUCCUACUGCUGUGUGCUGUGGCCUUCAUCUCCGUCUUCACCAUGUGCUUCCAGAGCAUCAUGAAGAAGAGUAUCUUCAAUGUUUGUGGACUGCUGCAAGGCAUCGCAGGUCUCUUCCUGAUUCUGGGUCUGAUGCUGUACCCCGCUGGCUGGGGUUCCGACAAAGUCCAGCUGUACUGCGGUCCUGACUCGGCGCCGUACCGCACCGGCCUCUGCUCCAUGGGCUGGGCCUUCUACACUGCAAUGGGCGGCACCCUGCUCACCUUCAUCUGCGCCGUCUUCUCAGCUCAGGCCGAGAUCGCCACGUCCAGCGACAAAGUUCAGGAGGAGAUCGAGGAGGGCAAGAGCCUGAUUUGCCUCCUCUGAGGCCUGGAAGAGACUGGGAUGGAGGCAGGGGGCGGGGCAAGAGCAGACCUACCCCGUCGUGUUGUUUACCACUAAAACUUUUCGUCUCUGUCCUGUGUUUAUGUGGGAGAAAUCUUCGAGUGCCAAGCCGUUUUUACUCUGACACAGGAGGUGCUGCGUCUGUGAUCGUCUGUCACCACACGCUCUGUAAAUAAAUGUGAUUCCAUGUGUUUUGUGCACGGUUUCGAUGGCGAGCUCCAUCCACGGCGUCACUCUUGCCACUCUGGAAAAGCACUGGUGUUUCUCGCUGCCAGACCACGACCCGCGGAUCUUCGGACUGCCACGUGUGAGGAUUCACUCGGCAAAGGAACCACUAUUCAGUCAGAAUAAGCAGCCUUCCUUCAGCGCAGAGGGGAUAGUUUUUUUAUAAAGCUUACAGAAUGUACCGUCUGAGCGACUAACGUGUUUGUAGACCUUUGAAAUGUAUCUGUGGAAAGAAUUCUUCAGGAGGACGUGAAGGAAGAGAAACCCGUUUCUGGUUCUCCUUCCAGUGAUCUGCGCAGACACGGACUGAGCGAUGAAUCAAUAAAUGAAGUAUUGCUGUUGUGUAGUAUUGUGUGUUUUCAGGGAGUGCGUGCCAAGGUGGUAGAUACUGUGCUGUCUGUUCUCGUUUGUUUCUGUCAAACAAAUAAAGAGAAGGGAAGAUGAGGACGCCGGGUUGAGUUUUUGUGUUGAAGGACGUCAGUCUGGCCUCUGUGUGUUAAAUCAUGAACACCCAUAACUAGAAACAUUCAACUUAACCCUCCUGUUAUGUUCUGGGUCAAAUUGACCCUUGAUUAAUGUAAAAAUCUUAAAAAAAAAAAAA